AACUCACCCGACGAGAUCACUUAUUUGGCCUGCGGUCUGCCGCCGAAUCCCGGCCAAGUUGACUCGGAGACGGCGACUCCGCUCAUCCAAUCGGCCGUUGUGCGACGCAUCUUUCUCGCCAUUCUCCAACCCGACGACCUCGACCAUGUUCGUGACACUUGGUACCAUCGAAUGCAACUGCUCUACACCACCACGGGCCGAUUUGCUGUCUCCUCGCUUGCUGCCGCCUCCGGCCACGGCUCCGAGCCCGGCAUCGACUCGAGCCACGACCAGCUCGGCGGGCUCGAUCGCGCUCGCCAGCAGAGUCUGUUACGCCAUCACCGAAUCGAUCAUCCACUCGUCGCCAACACCGACGACUCGGCCAACCAACAGACGGCCGGUCUUCUGCUGGGCCGGUUCAACUUUCGCCUCCUCCUCUAUCUUCUGCUUCCGGCCACAGUCUCGCUUUUGUUGCUGGGCGUCAUUUGUGUCUUUGUCUACUGGGAGGACUGCAGCCUGACACGUCGUGGCCUGCAGGCUCGCCAAUCGUGGCUCAAUCACGUCUCGGAAGCUCGUCGAAAUGCUGAAUGUCCGAGACCGACAGCCACAGCAACAACAUUGACGGCCUCAUCCUCUUCGACGACCUUGAACAUGUCGACUGGAGCCAGCAGACGUGGCACCACCACGACCGUCUGGAAGAUGGCCGGCUCGCCGUUGCCCUUCUCGAACCGACGCCUCGAGCCUGGCAACAGUCAGCUGGGCCAGCUCGCCGAAGCCGGUCGUGGGCGUCGCGACGACCGGUUGUCCAAAGAGGUUGGUGCUCCGCCUUCGUACAACUCAAUCAUGGCACUGUUCAACGCGGACUCGAGCCAAACUUCACCGAAGCCGCCAGCGGAGGAGGCGUGA